AUGCUACCUGGUCUCCAUCUCAAGGCAUGUUUGCCAAUUAGAACGCCACUGAGGGUACAUCCCGUUAGUGGUUAUGGCGUUAAACCGGUGCAACGUAUUCGUAUACUUAGUAGUGCAGCCACGAACGUCGACCACCCCAAAGCCGACUACCAGAAACUCGUGGAUGUGUAUCGACACCACCCGCUGUCUUUUUAUAAUAUGAAGCUGGAAGAUAUACAUAUCAAGGCGACCAAAGGACAGAAUGGAAGAAAGGCAA